AUGGGCUCUGUGACAGACCAGAAGACUAUGCGUGCGCAGCAAUUUGACCAUCGCGACAACCAGCUCCACCUCAACGAGGUACCCAUUCCUACGCCGCAAGCUCACGAGCUCCUUGUAAAGAUGUCAUGUGCUUCCCUCUGCCACUCCGACACAAUGCUCUUCGUGCCCAAUGAGCAGGGCCUGAUCUUAGGGCCAAACCCCGUCGUCACCAUUGGGCAUGAGGGAACAGGGCGCGUGGUUUCGACCGGCUCAGGCGAGAUCGCUAGCAGAUUCAGCAAAGGCGAUCCUGUCGGCUUCAUCUGCCCGGUGGACUGCUGCUUUGAAUGCUAUGCGUGCAAGGAAGUACACAACAGCUGGUGCAAGACUGGAAAGACUCAGAUGCAGGGAUUCGGCAGAGACGGAUACUUUGCCGAGUACGCUGUCGUCGAUGCGAGAAAUGCUAUGGUACUGCCUGAUAAUUGUGAGUACUCACGCAAUGGUGUAACAGCAUACCACGGCAUCGCAGACUGCGAGCUACCGCCAGGCUCAUGGCUCGCCGUCAUCGGCUCAUGGUCAUCGGCAUCGACAUCACAGAAGCAGCACUCGAGGAGGCACGUAGCUGUGGCGCAGACCACGUCCUCAACUCCAUAUCAGACAAGGACUACAAGAAGAAGAUCACGGAGAUCACGGGAGGUGGCGUACACGCAGCCGUCAACUUCACGGCAAGCAAGAAGUCGUACGAUGACUGUCCUGCAAUCGUCAAGCCUGGCGAGGGAACAAUUAUGGUUGUUGGUAUUCCGCAACAGCCGCUGGAGUUCAAUGGCUUGGAUAUAGCUUUGGGACGGUAUAAGGUCAAGGGCUCGAACAAUGGCACUUGCUACAACAUGAAGGCGGCAAUUGAAUUCUCGGCGAAGCACAACAUCAAGCCGCAUAUGUCGACGUAUAAACUGGAGGAGGUGCCCAGGAUGAUCGAGCUGAUGAAUGCUCAUAAGGCGCAGGGUCGCAUGGGUGUUGUGUUCGAUUAAAUCGUUGUAGUAGCUCGAGAUAGCGACGUAGUUUUUGAAGAGGCACAUGAAGCCUCAGCAUAAACUACAUGCAAGAUGAACAUCAUUACGAUC